GGGUCUCACUACAUGGAUCUAACAGGGUCUUUUCCAGCAUGGGUAUCUGGUAACACACGACUAGACUACAUAAGCCUCGUGGGCAAUCAGCUGACUGGAUCCAUACCGGAAUCACUUGGCAGCGCCAUCAACCUCUACAGCUUGUCGGUGUGGCAGAACCAGUUCAGUGGCACUAUCCCUGACUCCAUUGGGAGCCUCACCAAGCUACAAGUUUUGUCACUAUUCAGCAACCUGUUCACAGGCAGCAUUCCCCAAGGCAUCGGCAAUAUGGGGAAAAUCACGUCACUCAACUUGGCCAAAAACGCCUUGACUGGCCCCAUCCCCGACAGCCUUUCCCGCCUCUCCCAGUUGCAAAGCCUCUAUCUUGACAGCAACAAUUUGAGCGGAUCGCUGCCCUCCUGGAUCACACAAUUGGCCUCUCUCAAAGACAUCAACAUGGGUCACAACACAUUCUCCGGGUCCCUGCCGGCCGGCCUUGGUGGAAUGGACCAACUCACUUCCCUCGAUGUGUCAGGCACAUCGCUCGAAUGCCCUCCUGACGCCUCCAGCUGCGUGGUCUCCCAGUCGCCCGACACUCCCUUCUGCCGCCAGUGCCCCUCCUUCUGCUCCACCUGCUCUACUGGAGACCAGGCCAGUUUAUCCAAAGCAGCUAUCAUCGGCAUUGUAGUGGCAGCCAUCCUCCUGCUGCUGCUGCUUCUGGCUGUGGCUUGGUGGACUCUCAUACGCAGACCUCGCAGCAAGCCUGUUCAAGCCCCAGCUACCCCAGGUGGGGUAGGCACCACAACUGCGGCAUGCCAGCAGCUUCCUCUCGACGUGGUCAUGCGUGCCACUAGCGAUUGGGCCACGGCCAACCUGCUGGGGUCAGGGGGCUACGGCGACAUGUACAAAGGGGUGUCGCCCCUCGAUGGCACCACGCUCUGGGCUGUGAAGCGCGCCAAAAUUAUCACCAACGACUUUCACAAGGAGGUCGCUCAGAUGUCCACCAAGCACCACCCCAACCUGGUGCGGCUGCUGGGGUUCGCAGUGGGGGGGGACGUGCACACGCGGGUGGAGAACGUGCUUGUUUACGAGUUCAUCCCCAAUGGGGACCUCGAGAGGUGGAUGGGCCAAGGUACACACACACAGCAGCAGCAGCAGCAGCAGCAGCAGCAGCAGCAGCAGCAGCAGCAGCAGCAGCAGCAGCAGCAGCAGCAGCAAUACCGCCAAGGCCAAGGGCAUCAACAUCAGUGUUGUUGCAUAUUCUGGUGA